AUGGCGCUUCCCCUUACAGCCCGUGAGCUGAGGGGCAGCGGAAUUCAAUUCACUUUUGAGUAUCUCGGCAGUGUUCCCGUGCUUGCCGCUCUUCAUGACAUGACGCCAGAUUUGCGACCACUAGUUGUCAAGGAAUGCAUUAAUAUGAUUGCUGGGGAACUUGGACUUAUUCCUGUACAAGAGACAAACGCGAUCAUCAAGUUGUUCGUGGGUUCUCCAGAAGUGGCAAAUCAUAGGAUCGACUUGAACAUUUCUACUAAGGCACUAACCAUUAUCUAUGCUGACCCGAAAGACAAACAAAGAUUGAAUCGAUUGAUUGCUAGGCAUAAUAUUGAACUCGUCUCUUUUGCUGCGCAAGGUUCGGAGGAAACAAACACCAGUGACAUGUUUGGAUACGUUGCAAAGAAGCGAAACGAAACGGAUAGAAGAUGCCAUAUAUUUCGGUUUAAGGAUGUCCAGAGAGUAAUGCACACUAUUGAUGAUGCAAUUCGACUUGCCACUCUGGAUAUAGCCAUGCCUCCACCUAUACUGCCCACAUCUGGCAAAGUUGAAGUGAAGGCUGACCCUCAAGCAAACUCAUUCAUACAAGAACCUCGACGACAACCACUUGCACCAUCUCCCCGACCAGCACAUAAAAACCAAAUUCCUGACAGACCGUCUCCAGAACUAGGUGUUAGGGAAGACCCAAAUGGAUUGCUAGGACUCGAUCUUCGCGACAAACCGUGGUUCCAUGGUGAACUUGAUCGAGCUGCUGCUGAAUAUUUGCUGCAAAAGGAUGGUGACUUCUUAGUCAGAACGAGUGCCAAUUCUCCAGGGCAAUUCAUUCUGGACGGCAUGGAGCAAGGAAAGCAUCGUCAUAUCCUCCUCAUAAAUGAUGGAGUGGUUCGAACUGUUACCACUACAUUCCCUUCCGUGUCUGCAUUGAUUAAUUAUCACUAUGGAAAUCGUCUACCCAUUUCCACUCAGGAAUCCAUCGUCUACUUAACUAACCCUAUUCUCAAUUGUAUUCAUUUAUUGAUUCAUGCUCACACUUCUAUUGAACACAAGCUAAGAAUUCAAUGUGCUCGUCUUGCUCAAGAGGAGGCCACGAUUAAUAACACUAUUGCAAAGUGCAGGACGCCACUAGAAGAAACUUCUUCAGUCAUGCGCAAAUUCAUGUUCUAA